GCAGAGAGAGCGGAGCAGCUGGAGGAGGCCUCGCCGGCUGGGGAGGAGGAGGACAGGGAGAGAAGCAGAAGGAAGAUCCGGGAGCUAGCGAAAACGAAAAGGUCCAGGCCUGGGACUGGCAAAACGGGGAAAAGGAAGAACUGAGAAAGGAGGCUCCACCCAGUUCGUUUUUUCCUUUUAUUUUUAUUUAAAUUUCAAUUUAUUUUUUAAUCAUUUUUAAAUAUUGUUUCGGUGAUGCCGUCCAACGCUACAGCCACCACUACCACAUUCAAAAGUUCAGACUUCGAUUAUGACGCAGCUGCAAAUAAAAUGAGUGAAGAUCAGGAGCAAGACCGCGGCAAAGAGCCAGGCAACAGCGUGCCUCUGAGGAAAGUUGGUCGGCCAGGAAGGAAACGUAAACAGCUGCCCGUUAAUAGCUGUGAGACAUCAAAGGAAGACGUAGGGUCCAAGUGUCAUGCGAGUGUGGAAAGCCAGUCCUCAGAGCAGGUGCACAAUGGAGAUGUGGACAGUCACCCUGGGGACACUAUUGCUGCCUCCUCCAAGCAGGGCAGGAACAUCCCUGAAAACGGGGUCCCCAGAGAAUCUGUCCGAAGGUCUGAAGAGCUUCCGGAUCAGGAGGCCCAGGGACAGGGAUACAGGAAGGGGAGACCAGACUCUUCCCUGGAGAAUGGCUUUUCAACUCCCCCGGAUGACCAGGACUCGGAGAAAGAUGGGGAGCAAGUGCCACCCACUCCCCGAAAAAAGCGGGGAAGACGGAAACUUGAGCAUCCCGAGAAACACACAGAGGAGCAAGACGAGAGCAGCUGUGAGACAGUCAAAACAGAGCAGGGAACUCGAGCCAGGCUUCGUGGGGGACUGGGCUGGGAAACCAGCCUACGUCAGAGGCCUAUGCAGAGAAUAACCUUCCAGGCUGGGGACCCUUAUUACAUUAGCAAGAGGAAGAGGGAUGAGUGGCUGGCCAAAUGGAAGAUGGAGGCAGAGAAAAGGGCCAAACUUGUGGCUGUGAUGAACGCAAUGGAGGAACCUGCCGGGAACGAGGCACAGAAGGAGGAGGAGGAGGUGGUCGUCAACCAGCUCCCUCCCCAACAGCACACAGACCCGGCCUCCCCCACUGUGGCCACCACCCCCGAGCCUGUCUCCGCGGAAACUGUCGACAAAUCCAUCCCCAAGUCAACAGAUGUGGAACCCGAAUACGAGGACGGUCGUGGCUUUGGGAUUGGAGAACUGGUCUGGGGGAAGCUACGCGGGUUUUCCUGGUGGCCAGGCCGGAUCGUGUCCUGGUGGAUGACAGGGCGGAGCAGAGCUGCCGAGGGAACCAGAUGGGUCAUGUGGUUCGGUGACGGCAAGUUUUCCGUGGUCUGCGUGGAGAAACUGAUGCCUUUGAGUUCAUUUUCUAAUGCCUUUCACCAGCCAACCUAUAACAAACAGCCCAUGUACAAGAAAGCAAUUUAUGAGGUGCUUCAAGUGGCCAGCAGCAGAGCAGGAAAAAUCUUCCCUACCUGUCCUGACACCGAUGAGACUGACACAUCAAAAUCAGUAGACCUUCAGAACAAGCAGAUGAUCGAGUGGGCAAUGGGCGGGUUCCAGCCAACUGGGCCAAAAGGACUGGAGCCCCCGGAAGAGGAACGUAACCCCUACAAAGAAGUUUACACUGAGAUGUGGGUGGAACCCGAAGCUGCAGCCUAUACCCCACCUCCACCAGCCAAAAAGCCAAGGAAAAGCACAGCAGAGAAGCCCAAGAUCAAGGAAAUCAUAGACGAGAGAACCCGAGAGCGGCUCGUGUAUGAAGUGAGGCAAAAAUGCAGAAACAUAGAAGAUAUUUGCAUUUCCUGCGGAAGUCUGAAUGUCUCCCUUGAACAUCCUCUCUUCCUGGGAGGCAUGUGCCAAAACUGCAAGAAUUGUUUCCUGGAAUGUGCGUAUCAGUACGACGAUGACGGAUACCAGUCGUACUGCACCAUCUGCUGCGGGGGCCGCGAGGUGCUCAUGUGCGGAAACAACAACUGUUGCCGGUGCUUUUGUGUGGAGUGCGUGGACCUUCUUGUGGGACCAGGUGCAGCCCAAGCCGCUAUCAAGGAGGAUCCCUGGAACUGCUACAUGUGUGGAACCAAGGGCAUCUACGGGCUGCUGAAAAGACGAGAGGACUGGCCCUCCCGCCUCCAGCACUUCUUUGCCAAUAACCAUGACCAAGAUUUUGAUCCACCAAAGCUUUACCCUCCAGUCUCUGCCGAAAAAAGGAAACCCAUUCGCGUCCUGUCGCUAUUUGAUGGUAUUGCAACAGGACUUCUGGUGCUAAAAGACCUUGGUAUUCAGGUGGAGCGGUACAUAGCUUCCGAAGUGUGUGAGGACUCCAUUACAGUGGGGAUUGUCCGACACCAGGGCAGGAUCAUGUAUGUUGGAGAUGUCAGGAAUGUUACACGCAAACACAUACAGGAGUGGGGCCCCUUUGACCUGGUCAUCGGUGGAAGCCCAUGCAAUGACCUUUCCAUCGUGAAUCCUGCUAGGAAAGGCCUUUAUGAGGGAACUGGCCGUUUGUUUUUUGAGUUCUACCGGUUGCUCCAUGAGGCACGCCCCAAAGAAGGAGACGACAGGCCUUUCUUCUGGCUGUUUGAGAAUGUGGUGGCCAUGGGUGUCAGCGACAAGCGAGAUAUCUCCCGCUUCCUGGAGUGCAACCCAGUAAUGAUUGAUGCCAAGGAGGUCUCUGCUGCCCACCGGGCUCGUUACUUCUGGGGUAACCUUCCUGGUAUGAACAGGUUGGUGAGAGAACGACCUCUGGCGGCCAUGACCAAUGACAAGCUGGAUCUGCAGGACUGUCUGGAGCAUGGUCGGACAGCCAAGUUCAGCAAAGUGAGAACCAUCACCACUCGGUCUAAUUCUAUCAAGCAGGGCAAAGACCAGCACUUCCCCGUCUACAUGAAUGAAAAGGAGGACAUUCUGUGGUGCACUGAGAUGGAAAGGGUGUUUGGCUUCCCUGUCCAUUACACAGAUGUCUCCAACAUGAGCCGCCUGGCCAGGCAGAGACUCUUGGGAAGGUCUUGGAGUGUGCCGGUCAUUCGCCACCUGUUCGCACCACUAAAAGAGUACUUUGCCUGUCUGUAAAACCCGAAACACUUGCAGAAAGAAAAACACACACACACAAGAACUGAUAUUUAACAGGAAACAAGCGAAAAAAAUGAAAUUUUACUCUGA